AUGUCUAGUGUGAAAUCCCGGCUUUCAGGCCUCUUGGGCCACUUCAAUGGGCCCCCUUCACCCAAUUUUGAACACAAAAUCAACAAACAUACCUUGUCGCCAACAUUCUUCCUCCCUCGUGCUGCUGCAAUUGAGCCCAAUGCCGAGGCCAUUUACCAUGUAACCGCCAACAACAAGAUCCUACGACGGACUUAUGGCGAAGCUGCAGACAGAGCCAGAGGCUUGGCUUACUAUCUGAAGAAGCAUGCAUACAGCCGAGUCGGCAUUGUUUGCCCCAAUACCCCGGCAUUCCUCGAGUCGAUCUUUGGAAUUGCUGCCGCUGGUGCUGUCAAUGUUGCUGUCAAUUACCGUCUGAAGGCGGACGAUGUUGCUUACAUACUUGGCCACGCCGAUGCGCAGGUGCUCAUUGUCGACGAGGAAUUCCUCCCACUCUUGGAAAACUAUCGAUCCCAAUACCCCCAUAUUCCCAUUAUUGUAGAUACUGACACCGAUGCGACUGAGGGGGAGUUGACCGGUCCAUUCGACGACGCUAUCCUCGAGGGCUUAAAACACGAUUUGGAGACCGGCUCUCAUGGUUGGGAAGGCCUCGAGAUGCAAGCAGCUGACGAGGAAGCGACUCUUGCGUUGGCGUACACCAGUGGCACAACAGCCCGCCCCAAGGGUGUCGAAUUCAACCAUCGAGGGUGCUAUCUCGCGACAUUGGGAAACAUCAUUGAAUCUGGUCUCAACUACCACAAAGGACGGGCCCGCUACCUUUGGACACUGCCAAUGUUCCAUGCCAUGGGGUGGACAUUCCCGUGGGCAGUGACCGCAGUUCGCGGCACACACUAUUGUUUGCGGAAGAUAGACUACCCCGAGAUCUGGAGGCUGCUGAAGGAAGAGCAGGUCACCCAUUUCAACGCUGCACCUACUGUGAAUACAUUACUCUGCAAUGCCAAGGAGGCAGAGAAGCUGCCCGAGCCUGUGCGUGUCACAGUGGCAGCAAGCCCUCCAACGCCUCAUCUCUUUGAACAAAUGACCGAUUUGAAUUUGCAUCCUGUACAUGUCUACGGAAUGACUGAAACCUAUGGACCGAUCACCAAGGGUUACCAACUGCCAGAGUGGGAUACCAUUGACCUUAAAGAAAAGUACAAGAAGAUGGCCCGCCAAGGUCAUGGGUUCAUCACAAGUCUCCCUGCACGGGUCAUCAAGACUGAAGUUCCCGAAGGAACCCUCACCGAUGUUAGCAGGAAUGGACAAGAGAUCGGAGAAAUUGUCUUCAUCGGAAAUAUCUGCGCCCGAGGAUACUACAAAGAUCCCGAAGCAACUCGGAAGCUGUUCGCAGGAGGUGUUCUCCACUCAGGGGAUCUCGCGGUUUGGCACCCGGAUGGCGCGAUUCAGAUUCUUGACCGUGCUAAAGAUAUUAUCAUCAGUGGGGGUGAGAAUAUAUCCUCCGUGGCCCUAGAGUCAAUGCUGGUCACACAUCCCGGAAUUUUGGAAGCCGGCGUUGUUUCUGUUCCCGAUUCUCACUGGGGCGAGCGACCUAAAGCCUUCAUCACCGUCAAGGAAGGCACUAGCCUCGAAGGCUCUGAGGUGAUUAACUGGGCUCGCAAUGUUAGCGGAAUCAGCAAGUUCAUGAUCCCUCGCGAGGUGGAGGUAGUGACCGAACUUCCCAAGACCAGUACUGGUAAGAUCCGGAAGAAUGUCCUCCGCGACUGGGUGAAGGGCCAAAAGGAGGUCUAG